ACUUAAGAGUGUUUUGCGCGGCGUUCCUCGAAACGUGAUAACACUUUUAAAUAUUUUUAAGAAAAAUGGAAAAACCACAAAUUCUAGCUCAUAUUCAAAAGUCCUUAAAUUACACCUUAUUCGACUGUAAAUGGAUUCCGUCUAGUGCUAAGUUUGUCGUUCUUGGUAAUCAUGCCAGAGGCACAGGAGCUCUACAAGUUUAUGAAAUAGCUCACGGCGAUGCCCAAUUAAUUUCUGAGGCGGAAAAACCGAGCGCUUUUAAAUGCGGUACAUUUGGUGCUUCUAGUUUACAACAACGAUACCUAGCAACGGGAAAUUUUGAUGGAGCUAUGCAAAUUUGGGAUCUUGAAUCAACUCAAGUACCAAUUUAUAGCGUGAAAGGCCAUAAGGAGAUUGUUAACUGUAUUGAUGGAGUUGGUGGAUUAGGAAUUGGAGAAGGGGCGCCAGAAAUUGUUACUGGUAGUAGGGAUGGUUCUGUUAAAGUUUGGGAUCCCAGACAAAAAGAUGAUCCAGUCGCAACAAUGGCUCCUGGAGAGGGAGAAGAAAGAAGAGAUUGCUGGACGGUUGCAUUCGGUCAUGCCUACAAUCCACAUGAUAGAUGCAUUGCUGCUGGAUACGAUAAUGGUGAUAUAAAAUUAUUCGAUUUAAGAAGUAUGAGUGUUAAAUGGGAAACAAACGUUAAAAAUGGUGUUUGUUCCGUGGAAUUUGAUAGAAAGGAUAUAAAUAUGAAUAAAUUAGUCGCCACUUGCUUAGAAUCUAGUAUACAUGUGUACGAUCUAAGAACUCAACAUCCAAAGAGAGGAUUUGCAUGUGUCAGCGAAAAGUCUCAUAAAUCAACUGUUUGGUUGGGAAAACAUCUACCGCAAAAUAGAGAUAUUUUCAUGACAUUGGGUGGUUCUGGAUCUCUUCAUCUAUGGAAAUAUAAUUAUCCUGGAAAACGAGUUCAAGAAGAUUCGGAAGGAGUUGAAGAAGGUGUAGCUGGAAAUUUGAGUUUACUUCAAAAUACUGUCAUGUCUACGCAACCUAUAUCUGGUUUUGAUUGGAGUCCAGACAAAUGUGGAUUGUGCGUUUGUACUGCUUUUGACCAAACUUUAAGGGUAUUAAUUGUAACGAAAUUAAAUAGAAUUUGA